AUGAUUUGGAACCCUUCAUUAAAUGGAAACGUCAAGACAAUCCCAGACGUAUGGCAGUUCAGCUACAUAAGCAUAUUUGGAUUUGGAUACGACAUGCAUAAUGACGACUACAAGGUUGUUUAUGCUUAUUAUGGUGACAAUAAUGGUGAUGAUGAAUAUGUGGUUUUGGUGUAUAGUUUUAAGCUUGGGACAUGGAAAAGAUGUGAUAGAGGGUUUAGUAGUGGGUUUGUUUAUCCCAGAAUUGCUGUGUUUGUGAGUGGUAGUCUCAACUGGUGCAACAACAACUUAGAUGACAGUGACUGGAAUUGGAAUAUAAUUUCUUUUAAUUUAACCACCGAAACAGCCAAAGCUAUAGCGUUACCCAGCCAUGAACAUGGGGCUGCCAUUUGUGUAGGUGAGUCAAGAGGAUUGCUUUUUGCAGGUUUUCAUCUCAAACGUCAAAUGGAAGUUUGGGUGAUGAAUGAGUUUGGAGUUGAAGAAUCAUGGACUAAACUAGUCUGCAUUUCAAACUUACCAGUUCAUCAUCCACUUCCCCGGGGUUCAGAGAACACGGCAUACAUGGCUCUGUGUAAUGCUAAACUCGCAAUUGUACAUGUUUCGGAAAAUGGUGAUAUUCUAAUGAUGGUUGGGCAUCAGUUGAAGCUCCAUAGACCAAACGCUAGAAGGGGUAAGAAUUUUAAUAUCCCUAUGAUCUUGGUUAUAUGGUUACUAGUUAUGUGGACACCCUUGUUUCACCAUGACGGGUCUGUAAAUUAA